UGAGAAAACUAGAGCUGGAUUUUCUGAGUUCAUGUGCUCGUACAUGGGCGUGCGAGCUUUGCACGAUUUAGUUGGUAUUGCCCGUAGGCCUGCUCGUCAUAAAACUAGUGGACAACAAGUGGACAAGGGCACGAUCGUGAUGACAAUCGUGAUGAUGGUAUCCUAGAAUGCCGCUGGCUCGCAGCUUAUCCGUGACGUCCCUUCCAGGACUGGAGGAGUGGGAUGAGGAUUUUGAUUUGGAGGACGCUGUACUUUUUGAAAUUGCCUGGGAGGUUGCAAACAAAGUCGGAGGUAUCUACACAGUCAUCCAGACCAAAGCCCGCCUGACGUCAGAGGAAUGGGGGGAGAACUAUUUCCUAGUUGGCCCUUACAUUGAGAGCAACGUACGCACACAGGUGGAGCUCAUUGAGCCCACAAACCCUGUGCUCAAGAGAACCAUUGACAAGAUGAACUCUAGUGGGUGUAAGGUGUACUUUGGCCGUUGGCUCAUUGAAGGCAGCCCUUAUGUGGUUUUGAUCGAUGUGGGCUUUACUGCCUGGUCUCUGGACACCUGGAAGAGUGAGCUGUGGGAGCUCUGUGACAUCGGCGUUCCGUGGUUCGAUCGCGAAGCCAACGACGCCGUGCUGUUUGGCUUUCUCACAGCCUGGCUCCUGGGAGAGUACGCGGCCCAGUGUGAAGAGACGCCGCACGUCGUGGCCCAUUUCCACGAGUGGUUGGCCGGCCUGGGCUUGGUGUUGUGCAGACAGAGACAGUUGCCAAUAGCAACAAUCUUCACCACACACGCUACACUACUUGGGCGCUACCUGUGCGCUGGAAAUGUCGACUUCUACAACAAACUUUCAGAGUUCAACGUGGAUAAGGAAGCAGGCGACCGACAGAUCUACCACCGCUACUGUUUAGAACGAGCAGCUGCCCACUGUGCACACGUCUUCACUACCGUGUCCCAGAUCACAGCCAUUGAGGCAGAAAACCUUCUAAAAAGGAAACCAGACAUUGUCACUCCCAACGGUCUCAACGUGAAGAAAUUCUCAGCCGUGCAUGAGUUUCAGAACCUUCAUGCACAGAGCAAGAAUCGGAUUCAGGAGUUUGUCAGGGGACACUUUUACGGACACCUUGACUUCAACCUGGACAAGUGCUUGUUUCUCUUCAUUGCUGGAAGAUAUGAAUUCUCCAAUAAAGGAGCGGACAUCUUCUUGGAGUCUUUGGCUAGACUUAACUACCUGCUAAGAGUCAACCACAGCGAUGUGACCGUCAUUGCAUUUUUCAUCAUGCCGGCUCGGACGAACAACUUCAACGUGGAGACCUUAAAGGGUCAAGCAGUCAGGAAGCAACUGUGGGAUACUGCUCAAACAGUAAAGGAGCGAUUUGGGAAGAAACUUUAUGAGUCUCUUCUCGUUGGGCAGUUACCAGAUGUGUCAAAGAUGCUGGAUAAAGAAGACUUCACAAUGAUGAAGCGUGCAAUCUUUGCCACUCAAAGACAGUGCCAGCCUCCGGUCUGCACUCAUAACAUGCUGGAGGACAGCGGGGAUCCCAUUCUCAACUCUGUGCGCCGCAUCGGCCUUUUCAACAGCUCUGCUGACCGUGUCAAGAUUAUAUUCCAUCCGGAGUUCCUGUCCUCCACCUCACCUCUGCUUCCGAUGGAUUACGAGGAGUUUGUUAGAGGUUGCCACUUGGGCGUCUUCCCCUCUUACUAUGAACCGUGGGGUUACACACCAGCCGAAUGCACGGUCAUGGGAAUUCCAUCAAUUUCAACAAACCUGUCAGGCUUUGGUUGUUUCAUGGAGGAACACAUAGCAGAUCCCUCAGCAUAUGGGAUUUACAUCCUGGACCGUCGAUAUCGAGGGGUGGACGAAUCGUGUAACCAGCUCACUUCCUUUCUGUUCCAAUUCUGCAAGCAAAGCCGACGCCAGAGGAUAAUCCAAAGGAACCGCACGGAGCGUCUAAGCGACCUCCUGGACUGGAGAUACCUCGGCAGGUAUUAUGUAACUGCACGUCACAUGGCCUUGGCUAAAGCCUUCCCGGACACCUUCCUGUACGAACCACAUGAUCCCACUGCAACGUCAGGUUUCCGCUACCCUCGUCCCGCUUCCGUGCCACCAUCGCCUUCCCUCUCCCGCCACUCCUCCCCACACCACAGCGACGUCGAGGACAACGACGAAGACGAACGCUACGACGAAGAUCUGGAGGCGGAAAAGGACAGAGUGAACAUUCGCCAACCCCUUACGCUCCCAUUCAAAAACAAGAUUUCUGCUGUCUACAAGGCCAACGGCAAUUCCAAUAGUGUUGCAGGCGAGAAAAACUGACACUAAAUCUCACUUAUGGGAUUUUGGAUGACUAAUUUAGAGAGUAAAUUAUAUAUAUAAAAAUAUUUAAAAAGGCUUGAUGUGAAUAUGUGUCUUCCCAGCCAGCGGGUACCUCAGAAUUUUGAAAAACAUACCUGCUAAGUUUUGAUAAUUUCAAUCACGCCAGCAGUGCUACGAGUGCUUUGUUGUCAAGAAUAAGCAACACAUGACAGUAGAAAAAGUUGCUGUAUUUUGCUGUCCAUUGCUGUAUUUUACUAACAAUUAAUAUCACUGCAUUUUUUAAUGAGCAAGAAAAAAAAACUCACCCUUCUUGCAUGCAACGAAAAUUAUUUUCUGUGACUAGCCAGUAAGAUUACUUAAAAGUAUCCCUAUUACACUGUGUUGAACACUCAAUUUGUAGCACUUUUUCUGUCUUUCAAAUGCCUCGUUUUCUAUAAAACCACAAAAUGGGGGGAAAAAAUGUUAAAAACACACACUAAACAACAAUAGCACCAAAAGGUAUUGAGCCUCUCACACUGUGGCCUUUUGUUUUUGUGUUUUGAUUUUAUUUCCAAGCCUUAAAUUUCUGCUGUGAUUACUGUGAACCAUCUUAACACUCCCGCUUUUCUGCUUGUUCAUUGGUAUUUAUUAUUGAAAGGGAGGUGUGAUUGCAACUGUGUUUACACGUUUGAAAUGAGAUUACAAUAGGAGAAAGGAAGCAUUUUGCAAGAUUUAUGUGUACUCCCUGUGAGAGUUUUAUCCUUUAUUCUGAUGUGCACCAUGUCAACUUAUAAUAAAGAUUCAAGAUACUUGUUAA